AUGGACCUCUUGCAAAAGGAGAAGAUCUACCUCUUCCGCCUGCACCUCAUCCUCGAGCAUCUGGGCAAACCCCUGCGCAAGUUCAACUCGCUCGACUACCUUGAUCUCCACAGUGUACUCGAUCCCUUCAUGCUAGUGCACAUGGAGACCAUCUACCGCUGCCACUCGAGCCUCUAUCAUACUCUGCUGAGGAUCGCCCGGCAAUGGGGCACCCACUCUACUAUUGGUGAUGUGUUCCUCCGCCAGACAGAAUGGAUGGGAGCGCACUACGCUCCCUAUAUGUGCGCCUACAAUGUGGCCCUGCACACCCAGCGUCUCCUGCCCACCGUGCCCGAGUUCCAACCGCUCCGAGAGGAAUUUGAAAAGAGGAAGGAGGUGGGUGGAAUGCCACUGGAAGCGUUCUUGCUGCUGCCCAUCCAGCGAAUCCCCAGCUACAAGCGCGCCCUCAAGGAGAUGAGCCGCAACACGGAGGAGGACCAUCCCGAUUGGCAACUGCUUCAAGCCGCCAUCAACCUGCUCGACCGUCUCCUUGCCGACCUCUCCUCGCGCGCUCGCCUGAUCCGCACCUCCACCAAGCCUUCGUCGCGCCCCAUCCAUGGCUCGUAG